AUGGCGAUCAACUGCAUCACGGCAUGCAAUCCGUCUACUUCAUCUUCGGCAGGCGGCACCGUAGCCAAUUCGCUUGCGCAAGCAGAGGGAUCACAAUCACAAGAUGCAGCAAGCGCCGCGGGAAUCAACAACCAAGGUACGGACGUAGUCAAAGACACUUUUUCAUCGUUUUUUGAGAAUGUCAUAGUUUUUCUCAAACCUAAAUCGGCUUGAAAUGAAAAAGUUGGGAGAUUUUUGAAUUGCUUGGAUACUUUGGGAAGAUUAAGAUUCAUAGCUCUUGCAGGUCAGUUACUUCCACUACUACUAUAUUUAACCUCCUUCUUGAAUGUUUACUGACUUUGUGAAAGUUCGUCGCAACGUGAGAGAUGAGGGAGGAGCUUUGGAGAAAUGUUAAGGCUUUCGUUUGUUCUUAUGUGAACAUCAAGGUUGUGUAGGAGUUCUAGUGCCUCGCAACCCUCUGAUGAAAGGGAGUGGGGUAGAUAAUACUGGAUUUUUACGGAUCACGAGGACCAAACAUUCUUAAGGCCCUGUUUCUUCUAAGCGUUGAAGAUGGUGCUAAAGUACUGCUAGUAAGACACGCUGCUGUAGAAUGUGUUAGCCUGUGUCUGUCUAGUUCUCUAUUUAAUCCUGCAACUGUGGGACACUUUCGACUCGACAGCAAUUCGACGCACGCGGUAUUUCUCUCCUGCUCCAAAUCGGUUCAUGUUUCUUCUAGUUGUAUCGGUUAAAGGAAGAAAGGCUAUCUGUAUUUUUCAUCGGUGAGCUUGUCCUUGUCCAGGACAAGGGAUCCCCUUAACGGUCACGAUCUGGACAGUCAUAACCGGGGGACGGGAGAACAGCCUGCAGGAGGUGCUCAGUGGCUGUUCCCUGACCUCUCCUACCCCUUAGGGUACUCUCCUUUCUUCUUGUAAACUACUAGUCGGCUGUAUUCUCUCUACAUCUCUUCCUUCCUCUCCCCUUCUCCCUUGUCAUCAAGAUGAAAAUACUAUUAGCCUUGUCAUGUAAAGUAGCUCUUCUUCUGGUUUCGUGCCUUUUCCAAAAAAAACAACACUUAGGAACAGCAGAGAGCUGAAAGCUUCACAACAUUCCCAACAAGAACGAUCGCUAAAUCAAUGCCUUACACUCUUUGGCUUUAAAGUUACUUCCACUACCGACAUCUAUCGACUCCGUAUUUACCUUUUUUUUUCUAGAAAUUUCUGGUACCAAACUACGUGCUUGAGACCAUUUUUCAUUUGACUAUUUUCAUUCCAGUUCCAGCUGCACUUACAGCUGGCGCCGGAAAAGCAGGGUCUGCGGCAGCCAAAGCAGAGGACGUGAAGAACAUUAUUAUGGAGGAGCUGAAGGAGGCGCUGCGUGAGCUUGGUUUUGGUAUAAAACUAAAUAAAGAAAUUAUAUAUAACGCAAUUGAGAAAAAUUCUUUGGUAGAACGAAAGCGAUCAGUCUCUUUUUCUCUUCCCUCCACAGAAGAACGACGCAGCCACCAAUAUGUCUAGACCCAUGAGACUGGUUUUUCCUGUUUAUAGUCCGUAUGUGAAUUUGUUAUUCUGCUACUUAUCAUAUUGGAAAGGUGGUUUUCAGAGUGGCAGGUCAUGCUCGUGAUCUGAUGAAACAAAUGGACCAAAAACGAAAGUUGAACGUCCAAAACAUUGGCACACUCAAAGAUAAAACUACUGGAUUAGAAUACCAAACGGAUAAAAUGAUGGUAUAGAGGACAAGCUAGGCCUAGCGCUAGAAAUAAUGCUGGGGGUAAACUAUGGGCAUAGGUAGUCCUACUUCUCGCGCUGUGCGCUAGUUUGAUGAACCGGCACCCUGGAGCGAACUAGUGGGUGCACAUAGCGCGGCAACCGGGAACUUCUCAGAGGCACGCACAGGCUUCGGCCGCCUUUGAAGAGAAGACCGCCAGGGCAGUUGGACGAACUAGCGGCGCCGAAAAUAAAAGGAACCUAACAUAAACGUGGCCACUAUAAUGCUUAAUAAGACUGAUUUCAAUACUUCUUUGUGUAUUUUUGUCUCCUAGAUAGGCGUCCUCCACCGGUAAUAUCAAAAACUUUCAGGAGACGACGGCGCGAACGAGAACAAAAUGGACGAUGUUAUCGCCACGAUAGAGGACAAAUUUUUCUUAGAAGCAGAGCGAUUACAUGGUCUAGAUAUAACUGAUAAGGAAAGGGAAGAUGUAGAGGGGCUCGUGAAGUGGGACCUUGCUAAGAAAUAUGAAGAGGCUCUCAAAAGUCAAAAAACGAAUGCUCCUCUCACCCUGCGAGAGAUCACCGAGAUCGUAAACAGAAGCGUCACGCGAAUCAUCAUAAAUGGGGAAAGGCUUGAUGAUAUCGCGAACGAGGAACACCCUGUACCUGUAGCGUCGAGAGCAGCUUCCUUGUAUUAUUUAUUCUCCUACUCCAUCUCUAAAGUCUAAAGUAAACUGUGUUGUUCAUGAUUGAUAUCCAACAAUUUUGAUUCUGGUUUAUCCUCUCAACGACCAAAAGCAAAACCACUUUAAGAUAGGAAGUAGAUCUGCAAUGUCAACAUGGGCUCACUUUUUUGGUGCUAGCAACUCAGCAAUUUCGAUUUCCAGUAUGUCCAUUCCUCGAAGUCGAAUUCUCAUCAAUAUUCCAGCGCGGAGACCUCCAUGACGGCAACGACAUCCGUUUCACGGGUGGCUCUCUCCACCAUGCACUUCGAUACUAUGGCCGUCGCGCAGAUUUGCACCGUUGCGUUUAUUGCCGGUCUGGCUUUUGGAUGGUGUCGGCGACGCUCCCGCCGCGAGUCUCGCGUGUUACUGACUCAUACUACAGGUUUUUCGAAAUACGACUCCACUGCACAGCAUUACGACCUGGAAAGAUGCGAUGCUGGUAAUGUUAAUGACGAUCAAGUAUAUUAUUGUAGUCCUCGUUGUUUUUAAGUAAGAAUCUUGUUCUUGACUACCAUGAUGUUGUUGUUGAUGAUUUCAAGAAAGUGAGAAUAUCAAUUGAAUAUGUUGUGGUUGCUCAAUACUUGGACAACAAAAAUGAAUAUGAAAAAUAAACGCCACACUCCUCCUCCAGCAUAUCCAGAUGGGUACAUUUGCUAAAAAAGACGUUCGUGCAUGCGAUUGAAUAUGGAAGGUGUCUCGUAUCUUUGACUUUGCCGCUGUGGUGGAUAUCGAUUUGCUGGUCUUACUCAAGUUGGUGCAUGACUCCUUUGUAGGAAUGGCAUUAUGAAGCACGGAGGACGGCUUUUCAUCUACUCGAAAACUGAAAAUAACCGAGUUACUGACUGAAAUAAGGGGCGUAGCUUAACAGCAAGGCUACUCGUCCUUCUCGGCAGUGUCUCGGUUAUUCUCGUCUGUUACUCGCUUAUUUCAGUUUUUCGAAUAUUUUCAACAACCAUUUCCAUUACACUCGUAAUCUUAGGACUCAGAGGCAGAAAGCUUCUCACCUUCAUAAAAACGGAGAAAGCCUGUAGUGUAGCUGACGUACUUUCAUAAUCAAAGAAAUGUUGAAAAUUGUACAAAAUAUUAUGACUAAAGUUGUUGAAAAGUCAGGAGUAACAAAUGGCGUAGUGCUGGUUUUGGUUAUGAAAUCAAAUAUGUACUUUCUAGGAAAGACAUUCAUCUCGAAACGACAGGCGAAGGCUGGUUAUAAUAUAAUCUCAUGAUGCAUUGCCAUUUACUCAUAUAAUUUCAUGUGCAGGUUCAUGUUGUACUCAUAAUCUGUGACGUGAAAAGUUUAUGACCGAGGACCCUAGCUCGGUAUUGGCAGACCGGCGCCGAAGUGUAUGUCGGCGGUGCUUGUACCGAGCCUGCUCGAUGAAUGCUUCUGCUCCUUUGUCUAUCUUCUCAUAUAAGAUCAUAGGUAGAAAAUUGUAUCUUCAAGACGAGAUAUCCCUAAUAUCUAAUGAGGCUGAUAUUGACCUGUAAGAAGAAUUGGGUUGAGUCAUUGUUCUCCUUGUACCACUAGAUUUAUGAAUAUGAAAGUCCUCCAAUGAAUAAUAUCGCUUCGGCUGGUAGCUACGUGUCGCAGCGAAUAAGUGCAUGAAAUUUAAAGUUAUCGCUGUAUUCAUUAUCAUUAUUUAAUCAUGUCAAACAAGGAAUGACCACACGUAUCUGUUGCAAAUAAAAAGUUCACGGAAUGAUUAUGCAAGCAUCGUCGGGCUUGACGCGCCCUCGACCACAUCAACUAAUUGACAAUACCCUCAAAUGUAUAGUAUUAGUAUCCUCCUGAUCACUGAAAAGAGACAUCAUAAAAUUUAGAAGACACCUUAAUAGGAUGAAAAACGUAUGAAUAUUACACUGGAAAAGUCAAUAAUGACUCUCCGUCUUCGAUGAGAAUACGCUGAUGCCAUUGACACCCAUGCUCCACCUAGCACGGUGAGCAUCAGUGGGAAUAGCUUAGUACUAUAA